UUUUUUUAUUCUUUACUCCUUUUUGUUCUUUUUACCUUUUUUUCUUUUCUCUUUUCAAUUCGAUGACCCAUGGACUACAUACUUUUGACCUUGGCAAACAUGCUCCUUCUUCUACUAUAAAGAUGCUUGCUUGCUUACUAGAACGAAUCACAAAGACAAAUGACAAACUUGUGGGUGAUAUCAAGAAACCAAUGAAAAGAACGCCUUAUAUAUCUUUCCAUGCUCAAUCUUUACCUACUAUUGAUAUUGAAGCUUACCUUACUCGUAUACUUAAGUAUUGUCCUUGUGCAAAUGAAUGUUUUCUCUCUCUUUUGGUUUAUUUUGAUCGUAUGAGUACCUCAGGUUUGAGGAUUGACUCUUACAAUAUACAUCGAUUGAUGAUUACUGGCAUCAUGGUUUCAAGUAAAUAUUUUUCUGAUGUGUUUUAUACCAAUACAAGAUAUGCAAAGGUAGGCGGCAUCCCUGUUACUGAAUUAAAUGCUUUGGAAUUGACAUUUCUCAAACUCAACAAUUUUAAUCUCAAUAUCUCACUGGAAGAAUUGGAAUUAUAUGGUGAUCAAUUAUUGGAACAUUGGAUUAGAGAAAAAAGAAGAUCAUUACAGCAUUCUACAAAUCAACCAAUAUCAACAAAGAGGUCAUCAUUACCCAUUGGCUCUCCUUCACCUAUCUCUCCUACUGCGACUACUACUACUACCACACCACACUCAAGAUGUAGUCAUGAUCAUACUGUUUUACAUUAUAAUCAUGCUUUAGGUUAUGAAAGAAUGAUGAUCAUGAAUGAUGAUGCACACUCUCCUGCUUGAUGCACACUCUCAUGACAACAACAACAACGCGUUCAUGACAAACAAUUUUCAAUACCAUCUUUUUAGUUAUACUUUAUUGUUAGAUAUCCCGCCAUUCAUCCUUCUUUUUUUCCAAAAAAAAAAAAUAAAGUUUCUUUUUUAUAUC